AUGGCAAGUUACACCACAGAGAGCAAAGUGAAGGUGGAUCCGGGGAUGGAUCCCCAAGCACCUGAUUUUGUGCCGGAUGCAGUGCGGCCAGAGUCCUCUGUGGGCGGGACCUCUGACCGCACCGUCACCCAAGAGAGCUAUGACCGCUCUCGACAAACGGAAAGCGUCGCGAGGGUAACCAGCCCUCACUCACCUGCGCCGGCGCCCGCGGCGAAGGUGACUUUCGUCAAGUUUACCAGCGCCUCGACCACGACCACCACCACCGACACUGCCACCACCAACAUGUCGGACAACAGCAAGACGCCGCGCAACAAGCGAUUGAGCAACGGACCGGGAGCCUCAUCCGCUGACAAGUACCCCGAGGACUCACCAACGCGUCUGCGCCAUCCUCCGCCGCGUUUCCCUGCUGCAAUGCAGAACCAGCGCCGCCAUCGCGCUCAACCGCAGCAGCAAAAAGAACUCCGCGUCGACGACAUGAACGCUUGGCCCUCACUCGGCGAGGUCAACACGCAAACGAGGAACCAGCGAAGAAGGGCCACCCGCACAGCUCGUAGCGCAUCAACGUCGACCUCAGGUUCCGACACCCAAGAACUUACGGUCUCCCAGCAUCCCAACGCCGCUGCGCUCUCACCAGAGCAACAAGACCUCGUUGAGUCACAAGUCCAAGCGUAUCGCCAGAGUCUACUGCAAAAACACACCCCCAUCCGCACGAUGUCUGUCCCGGAACGCAAGCUCUUCCAACUGCGACCUGCACCGUACUCCGCCGACCAACAGGGCUCCGCUCAGCAUGGCUCGAGCCAGCAGUACACUCAACAGCAGCCGGAGAAGCAAGUGCGUGAAUCACGAUCAGAGAUGGCCUCAGUCGGACCGCCGUUUGCCUCGGAAUCGCUUGCUGGGCUUCUGGCAGCGCAACAGCAACAGCAGCUAACGACGCAAGAGCAACAGCAAGCCUCGCCAUUCCGGACCUUUGUCCCUGGCCAGAACUCAGCUUACAACUUUGACAGACUUGCCGCAUCCCAGCAAGCUCAGCGCGAAGCUACCGCUGCCCAGCUGCGCUCUGCCUUCCACGAGAUGCAAGCUCACCGUGCGGCUCCCGUUUCCCAGUGCACGACUACCAUUGCCCAAUUGCACUCUACAUUCAUCGAACCGACGUAUGGGCAGCCCAUCCUCACUGGAACUGGGUACCAAGGACACCAAAGCUACGGUCUUCAGCCAGGAGCUUACGCUGACUACUCCAGCUUAUACGGACACAAUGCGCCAACUGAUACUCCCGCUGCUGUCUCCCGUUUGUCUCAGCCUAUGACCGGCAGUCUGAAUCCCAGUGCACAAGGCUUUCACCCUCAGCCAGAAGCUUCCAUAAGCGCCAACGCUCUUCGUGGACAAAUCGACCCGACUUUUCUCCCCGUCUUUGGCACCGAGACAGGACGCAGCUCUCAGAAUGACCCUCCCAUCGCCGCUCCCGCCCCUCGUGGACAGACCAGUCGGGAUUAUCUACCAGUCUUGGACACCGCCGCAAGAACCAGCGCCCACACUGAAGCUUCCGCGAUCCACGGCCGAAUCAACCCGGCGUACCUCCCCGUCUUCGACACCGGCGUAGAAGCAAGCAGCACCCAUACCGAUGCUCAAGCUCCCGCCACCGAGCCUGCAUGGUCAGCCGCCGACUAUGAUGUCUCGCCUCCCCCGUCGCUCAGUCAGGCUUUGCCGGAUCUCUUGAACCCAAGCGCAAGCGGUGCUCUCCGACCCGACAACCGCUCGCUCUCCCUGAGCCAGCAGACUGGAGCACGCUACGGCAUCGAGAUCGGAGGAUUAGGUUCGUCGCUCCUCGGAACAAGCGAUCGCACCAACUGGCUUCCCUCGCCGUGGAACCAGCUUGGCCAACAGCGCAACACCCGUGUUCAGCCGCUCGGCUGGGAGUGGUUGGAGCAGCGUGGCCAGUGGACGCGCGAAGACCGGAAGUGAGUGAUCUAAAGGAGCAAGAAGAAGGCGAUACGACUAGAUUGACUAAAAUGGUGUGGAACAUCGCAUAUUGGUAUCCGUUGCCUUGCACAGCGAUCUGGCACCGUCUGGAUACCGUAACGACUUCACGAAUCCCCUUGUUUUUCUUGCACAGCCCAUCCAUAGUUCACUUGGAGGGUGAUUGGUGACGGUUAUUAUUCUGAGAAUAUCGGACAGUUUUUGAUUUUCUUUGCUUUGCGCCUGGCCUUGCAUAGCCCAUCUGGAGU